GAAACGCGGAGUUCGAAUAUCUUGAAAACGUCCCCAUGAUCGACCCUAUUGGUCGACCUCAGGCCUCGGGCGUCAGCCUUCUCGGUGGUUGACUUGCUGGAACGACCAACAUGGAUGAGGCUGACUACCCUGUGCAGAUAAGUACCUUACCCCCCUUCUUUGUCCUAAACUCCCGGAACGACGAGACCAAUGGCUGCCACUGAAGACGCGUUCAAACUCCUUGCCAGAAUUGCUGACGCCUUCGACAAUCCUUCCUCCCGCGAGUCACGCAAAGACUUUCGCGUAAACACCAUCAAGAUCCACAGGCCCCAGACAAGUCGCUCCAGUCAAGAAAGCCAAGUCCAGCAUGCUCGCUAUCCCCGUCGCGAGCCCUCUUUCUUUGAUGCCAGCUACAUCUACGAUGAUGAUGAACUCGCCGAUACAUCGACUAUGGGAAAUCGUUCAUGCGCUUCGUCUGAGACUAUCAAGAGCCUCACCAGAAUUACCUCGUACGACGAUGCAUUCUAUACCUGCGAUGAUACAAUUGCCUUGGAUGAUGAAUCGCCCUGUGACGAAAUGACAAAGAUGCUUUUUUCCAACAGCAGCCCGCUUGACAGACUCAACAACCUUGCUCGUGCCGAACUCAAAAAGACCGGCUGGUUCGAACGACCUGACCAGUGGUCUAUCGUCAACAUGGGCCUUGCAAAUCCAAUGACACACACACGUGGAACUACCUCUCCCCCCAAAACCCCUCCAGUCAUCCUCACCCCAAUCCUCCCUUCCACACCCACCAUCACAGCCAUCCCCCCUCCAUCCUUUUCCGAAAUCGAAAUCUUACCAUCCCCAUAUUCACCCAUGAAAACUUAUUCCCCCACCUUCAAAGCCAGCACCCCAAACGGCAAAUACAGCUCCAGCUCACACGAUAGCUUUCCAGACUUCAGCUCGCUCUCGUACGCCCCACUGGCACCCGGCGAACCAGAGCCUCCGAAACGUUUUGGCGUGAGUAGCCGCGUCAAAGAGCUCAUGAAGCGCGUCUUGCACGUGAACGCUGGCGUGCAUCCGGGCGGGAGGUCGAGACAGUCUUUGCUUAUGGGUGUAGGCUUGCGGCCUGCUUCUACGGCUGGAGGGUCUUCGGGUACCUGGGCGUUUGCUAGUAUGGGAUCCACGCAUACACAGGCGGGGAAGCGAUGGAGUGGGCUUUGGCAUUGAUCGAUAUUUAACGCAGAUGCGGUUCAUAAUUUUAUUUUAUUUUGUAUUUUAUUUUGUAUUCUUUUCUGACUCACUGUAUUCGAAAUAUUUCUGUUCAGCCCAAGUAGUACUGCUAUGAAUGUUUACGAUCAAUCCAGGGUC